UGUCCAUGGCUCUCAAGUCCUGGGAAGUGACCAGGUUCAAUGAAUCUGCCGAACCACUCUCCCACCUGAUUAUAAAUAUAUGGUCCUUCAUGGGACAGAAAGAAAAGAAAGCCAACUCCUUUUUUUGGCUUUUGCUUCUACUUCUGCUGCUGUUUUCCGUCUUGGUUCAGCUUCAUCUUCAAUCUUUGAGCUAAAUGCUCAACAAGGUGUCUCUUUCCGACCAUUGGAUCGAUCACUUUUUCAAGCACCUAAUUGGGAGGGCACUAUCAAUGGUAGAUAUUGGGUGAAAAAUGCUCAUGUGGAGCCUAGGAAGGAGCUUAACGUUCCCCUAGCAGCAACAUUUGCUAAGCCUGCGCGCGCAGCUAAGGGUGUCUCUUCGAUUGAAUCAUGGUUAACUGUUUGCUAUCUUCUGUGGUUUAACGUAAACACUGCGAGUUUGAACUUAAACACGUCAUGCCAUAUUGACUUCAUGUUCAUGGAUGCCGUUGAGGUGCUGGCACUAUUGGUCAACAAUGGACUACUGCUUUCCCACAAAAAUGGGUACCGAGAAUGCUGCCAAUUGAGCGAGGUGACUCCUCUUCAGUGGACUCUUGACAGUCUACUUGCUUGGAUCGGCGGGGUAAAAGAUCAAUCCCUAUUUGAAGGAAGGGCACAUGGUGGCAUUGGUAGCUUGUUUAAGUGGAAUGGAAUGUCAAAUGCAGGUGGUAAUUACCAAGAAUAUUCGAGCUUCCUCCAAGUCAUGAACUUGCUGUUCAAUAGUAUCCCUUUUCAGAGAUAUGUCUCAGGGUACUCUCAAAUGGGUAUGAAUCAUGCACCUGACCAGUACUUCCAUGGAAGGGUGAGAAAAAAGGAAUGUGGCGGUGGGAGGGCACGUACAGAGACUAAGGAGCAUUUUAAUUUUCCCAAGGCUAUCGAAAGGAUCAUUCGAAGGGUUUUAGUGCUGCCCAUUGAUAAUGAUCAUGAAUGAAGCCAUAUUAUACCUUUCUUCUUGUACCGAACUAGGGUACUGAUGUCUCAUCCAUUUUAUUGCUGCUUUAUUCUGCCGCUAUGUCCUUGGCGGAGAUCCCAUGUUCUGGUAUUUACCAUGAGAAGAGUUCCCCUUUGCAACUUCAAGUUUGUAAGCUCUUGUUGAUCAUGAAUUACAGCUGUAAACAUGGUCCAAGAGUCUCUCGCUCCCGUUGUUCUGGUGUUUUCAUAAAAAAAAAAAACAAGUAGUGGAAGGCAAACAAAUGGAGCUACAAUGGUCUAUACAUGGUGGUAGAUGUCUCUCUAUCCAAAUCCUUUAGCUUCUUUCUCAAGAAUUUGCUCUGUAGUCAGCAGUUAUAUUGAUGAACUAGCUUAUUGCGAGUUUUCUUUCUUUCAUGGUGAGAAAAGAUUCCCAGUUGAUUUCUAAUGUAUUUUCCUGUAUCUUGGGCUUAUUACUUCUUGGUUGUAUGUCGUAUGUUUCUCCAAUUCAAACACAAGUUUUGCUCUC